AUGCUGGGACAGAGCAUCCCAAGGUUCACAACCUUUGUGCCCUGUAGGAGCCACUAUGAGGACGGCCCAGGGAAGAACAGGCCAUUUUCACUGGAAAACAAGUGGUGGUUAUUAAUUAUGGUGACUAUGUACUUUGGAUUUGGAUUCGCUGCACCUUUUUUAAUAAUAAGAUACCAACAGCUUAAAAAAAGAAGGAUGUUUUAA